AUGGGUGGUCUACAGGAGACAAUCAAGUCCAACAAAUACCGUCCCGACUCCGACAUUGCUGUCUUACCCUUCCUGCGUCUGGAACUAUGGGUCAAAGAUUCAGCAACAAAUGUGCCCACCAUGUCAGACGAUGUAUACGUGCACUUACACCGGCGUCUCGUAUCUUUAUUCGAUCAAACCGGCAUCGAGUCUCGAUUAAAGAAGCUUCUCUGCAUGAACCAAGACAUAGCCGCCCAGCAAAUUGAAAGCUCACUGAUCGACACCAACAUGUUCUUGGAAACAAGCCUGGAUGAACUACCGGGCGAAACAGCAAAGAUUCAGAAACUGGUUCAAAGACGGCACGAGCUGGGAAUCGUCAUAUGA